UGUAGGUGACAGGAAGUUGGUGGAUGUGUGACGUCACGCCGGUACGGUAUAGCCAAUAUGGAGGAGCUAUUUGGAAGUGAUACCGACAGCGAAGCUCGAUCAGGACCUGCGAGUCCUGUUGCCAGUCCCUUAAGUCAGCGCAGUGGCUCAGGUGAUGAAAAAUCUGGAAGUGGUUCUGGGUCAAAUGCAGAUUCCGGUUCAGAUAAUGAAGGAAGCAUUCUUUCUGCAGUAGCUUCAGCAAAGAGUGGAGCUGGUAGUGGCCAAGAAAGUGGCUCAGACAGUGCACCCGGAUCUCCAAGAGAUAGCGCUUCUGAACCUGGGAGUCCAGCCAGAAGUGAUCGUAGUAGGUCUGGUAGCCCUGCAGGGUCUCCUGCUUCAUCAGCUCGUAGCGGUAGUGGAGAUCGGUCUAGAGCUAGCAGCCCAGCUGAAAGUGAUCGUGGGAGCCAGCGGAGCAGCAGAGCAAGCAGUCCAGCAAAGAGUGAAGCCAGUUCAGCCCCUCAAAGUCCCAGUGUAGAUGGUAGCCAAGCUGCAUCUCCAGCUGCUAGUAACCCUAGCCAGCCUGGUUCACCUGAAGCGAGUGAUGUAAGUAGACCUGCUUCUCCAGCAGGGAGUGAUGGCAGCCAGCCGGCCUCUCCUGUUCAAAGUGAUGCUAGUAGGGCAGGCUCCCCAGCUAGUGAUUCCAGUCGUCCUGGCUCUCCCAACCAAAGUGAUGCCAGUGAAGCCAGAUCUUCUAAUCAAAGUGAUGGCAGUCGACCUGGGUCCCCAGCACCAAGUGAGGGCAGUCAAGCACCUUCUGUUGCACAGAGUGAUGUCAGUAAACCAGGGUCACCAGCAGGCAGCGAUGCAAGUACACCAGCUUCACCCACGGGUAGUAAUAUCAGCCGACCUGCUUCACCACAUAGUGACGGUAGUAGGCCAGCUUCUCCCGCUGAGAGCAAUGAAAGCCGCGCUGCUUCUGUUCGCAGUGAUCAGAGUCCUCCACCAUCAGUGACUCACAGCGAUGCAGCUAGCCAUGCUGGCGAUAAAGACAGCGCACCUGAAGACGAGGACGACGAUGAUAAUAAAAUGGAAAUUGAUAAGGCAAGUCGAGAAGACGAUAACAGAAGUGAUGAUGAGAAGAGUGUUAGUAGUGUAGAGGGGAGAAAGUCUGUAACUGAUACUAAAGAUAAAGAGAGAUCUGACGAAGAAAAGGCAUCUGAAAGAGCUGGUAGUGAUGACGAUCUGGAGGUGGAUAAACACAAGUCUGAUGACGAAGGCCAUGGCUCAGACAAAGGGUCAGAAUAUGAAAGUGCAAAAAGGGGCAGCGAUGACGAAGGCCAUGUCUCUGAUAAGGGGUCAGACAACGGAAGUGUGAGAAGAGGCAGUGAUGAUGAUGAUGCCAAGUCAGAUAAGGGUUCUGUAGCCAGCAGUGCCAAAGAUCACAGUGAUGAUGAGAACAAGUCUGAUGCUGGCAGUGGUAAAGCUGACAGUGACGAUUCUGGUGCUGAGUAUCGGAAGAGGAAAAAGAAACGGAAACUGUCUGAUGCUGAAUCUCAUGCAAGCAGUGUUGACAGUGAGUCAGAAGAAAGGGUUAGAAAAAAGAAACAACAGAUUUCUAGUGAUGAAGAGGAUGGUGACGACAAAAGGAAAAGUUCUGAUGAUGAGAAUAACCUUGCCACAGCAGACGCUAUAUUUGGUGAAAUGGAUGACGUCUCCUCAGAUGAAGAUAAAGACGAAGAAAGUAAAACGACAAAACCUUUAAUUGAAGAUGAAGAUGAAGAAGGAGAAGGAGAAGGAGAUGGAGAAACAGGGGCUGCAGCCCCACAAGAAGAGGAACCUCCAGAGACAAUGAUUGAAGUUGAAAUUCCACGUAUUGUUACCAAACUAGGCAAAUCCCUUCAUUAUGUCAAACUACCAAAUUUCCUCAGUGUUGAAACAAGACCUUUUGAUGCCUUGACUUAUGAAGAUGAAAUAGAUGAAGAUGAAGUGAUAGAUGAAGAAGGUAGAGCCAGGUUGAAAUUAAAGGUUGAAAAUACUAUUCGGUGGAGAACUAAAAAGGAUGAAAGUGGUAAUGAAAUGAAAGAUGAAAAUGGUAACAUUCUUCGAGAAAGUAAUGCCAGAAUGGUUCGGUGGUCUGAUGGCAGCAUUUCUCUUCACUUGGGCAGUGAAAUAUUUGAUGUCCACCCGAUGUUGCUUCAAGGAGAUUACAACCACUUGUUUGUCCGCCAGGGUACUGGUCUUCAAGGACAAUCGAUAUUCAAAACCAAACUGACAUUCAGACCUCAUUCCACAGAAUCAUUCACCCACAGAAAGAUGACAAUGUCUAUAGCAGAUAGGUCAACCAAAACACAGAAGGUGAAGGUUAUUCCAAUUGCUGGACAUGAUCCAGAUGCUCAUCGAGAAGAAAUGAUUAAGAAAGAAGAAGAACGCCUGCGUGCUUCUAUUCGCCGUGAAAGUCAGCAACGCCGAAUCCGAGAAAAGGCUCACGUGCGAGGCAUGAAUUCCUCCUAUAUUGAAGGGGAUGAUGACGAUGACGAUGAUGAAGCUUCUAUAUCUCUGUCUGCUAUCAAGAAAAACUACAAACCAGGGACAAAAAGAGAUCGUGGCAAUAUAUAUUCAUCGGACAGUGAUGAUGACUAUGACUCAGAAAAGGAGGAAAAGCAAGCAAAGAGAUUAAUGAAAGCAAAGAAACUUGACAGUGAGGAUGAGUCCGGCUCUGAUUCUGCUCCAAAGAAGAAGAAAGCCCGUAUUGUUGAGAGUGAAGAUGAAGACAAUAACGAUGCCGGUAGUGGUAGUGGCAGCGGUAGCGCUAACGAGGCAAGUGCUAAUGAAGCAAGCGGUAACGAAGACAACAAUGAAGAAAAUGCUACAAACAACAAUGCUGACGAGGACUCCUCUUAGAGUUAGAGUUAACGGGUUAAUAGGUUAGCGGGUUUGGGAUUUGGUUUAGCCUUUGUAAACACCUAUGUGUUGUAGUAGCCCUUGCAUAAAUUCACUCCCAUAAAAAAAAAGGACAACUUCAGGGUUGCAUAUUUGCAGAAAACUCUCUCAUUCACUUUCCCCUGUAUUUAUUUAUUUAGUGUUGCCUUUAUGUAUGAUUAAAAUGAAUUACUUUAAUAAUGGUAGUCCCUUAAAUGAAUUAGGUGGUGCCUUGAAUUCCCUAUCAUUUCAUCUGUAAAAAAACCCAAAAGCCUAUUAAGCCUUGUAAAUAUUUCAUCAGUUCAAACCUUAUAAAUUUGUUUAUUGUUUUUUGUUUUUUUUUUAAAAACUUUUUAUUACUUUCCUGACCAUCACACAUAAUCUUCUUUGUCAUUGUUUGCUCCGUUUCUCAUUCUCAUCUAUCUAUUCCUGCUACAUCUGAACAAAGAAGUGAUAAACAACACUGAGCCGGAUACAUUGGAAUAUGUUGGGAAAAGAAAUUUGACCAAAAAAAAAAAAAACAAGACUGAAAAAAAAAAAAAGAGAAUUUCAAAAUAUGUUUACAUCAAGAAUUUAUAAACUUUGAGAGAAUGUGAAAUGAUUCUUUUUUUUUUUAUUACAUAAUUCUACAAUUGUAGAAUUGGGUAAUAAUACAAAGUGCUCGCAUCAUCCUUCUUGCUAAUGUUUAUGUAAAUUCUACACAUAUUUACAUAUUUUCAGAUAUAUCAUUUCUGUUUUAUACUGGUAUCUGAUUGCUGUUAACCAUAGAUGAGCUUAACAUAGCAAACUUCAGGGUCAAAACCCAAAUGGAAUUGGUAUAUGUAUGUAUAGGUAUAUGUGUGUAUGCAUAUGUAUGUGAGUGUGUAUGUGUAUAUAAAUAUAUAUAUAUAUAUAUAUAUAUAUAUAUAUAUAUAUAUGUGUGUGUGUGUCUAUAUAUAGCUAGAUAGAUAGAUAGAUAGACACAGAUGUAUGUAGAUAGAUAGAUAGAUAGAAUUUACUGUUCCAUUAUUGUUGGGAUCAAAAAUAGUACUCCAUCCAGUGAAAGAUAAAUAUUAUUUUAUAUACAUAGUAUUUAAAUAUGAGCUACUGUUAGUUUCAUGCUAUGAAAAUACAAUAAACUGAAAAGCUUGUAUUGCAUGGCUUGUGUUUUCAAGCAAGCUUUCAGACUCAGGUAUAUAACAUGGUUGGCUGUUUUUGCAAAAAUGAGAAAGGACACUGACAAUAGGCUAGAAAUAGAUUCAUAUGUGUAUACAAUGUAUAUGUAGGUUUAUAUAUGUGUUAGUGUACAUGUGUGUGUGUGUGUGUAUACAUAAUAAUAAAUGCUAUUAAAUAACAUAAAUUUCACUAAUCAUUAUUAAUCAACCAUCAAUAGAAUUAAAUAGCUUAUUUAUACUCGAAUAAAUAUAAAUACUACUAAGUUCCUAUUAUUAUUUGUGAUAUACUAAUGUGAGAUAUACAAAUGUAGAUGAACAGAGAUCAAUAAAUGUAGAAGAAUAUAUUUGUCCAACACUUAUAUUUUACUUUUUUAAGUGAUAAAAAUGACUAGGGUGAGAUUAAUCGACAACUUUGAAGAUAGGGAGGACAUCCAGCCAUAGAAACCAUGGCAAAACAGACAAUUGAAGCCUAGUGCAGGUCUCCUAUCAAACUGUCCAACCCAUGCGAACACGGAAAACGGACGUUAAAUGAUGAUAUAUAUUAUGACGUGUAAGAUAAUUGUAAUAUUAAUAUAUAUCUUAAUACCGUAUUUUCUAACAUACAAGUCAAUGUUGUAUAUAGCGUAAACAUGUAUAAACAUUCAAACAUCAUCACUAUCUUUCCAAAUCCUGUUGCGUUUCACAUGGAAUUUUUGGUCCUCCAAGGACAUCUUGGUGUAUAAGUUGAACUCCCUUAUUUUUGGCUGUACUUCAGUCUGAAAAAUCUGACUUGUCUGCUGGACAAUGCAGUAGCAAGAUUUACCUCUGAGGUUAAUUCAGAAUUCACUAGCAACAUAUGAAGUAGGGGAACUGAAAAAAAAGUCAAAGUAUUUCUCAACAUUAUAUCUAUCAUUGUUGUUCUACUUUAAAUGACAGCUGCUUGUGUUGUAUCGCUUCGUUAAUGUCAGAUUGUAACGUCUUAAAAUGAAGAAUAUAUUCUAGCAAAAGAAUCUCUAUCAUCAUUUGUUUGAUAUUUAAGGGGAAAGAAAAAUAAAUGAAAUAUUUUUUUGUCUUGAAGGUGUUUUAGCUAUUCUGUAUUAUAGGACUCCAAUACUUCUCCAUUCAUUUUGAUAGAGUCUUUUGCUAGAACAUCAUAUAUAUACACACAUACAUACAGGUACAACACCAUGUUUCUGGACACCGAUGUACCAGAAUCUCUUGUAAUCCACAAGCAGGUACUUCAAAUUCCCACAGAUGCUGGACUAGUUUGUUGACUGGUAUCUUGUACAGUACAGUAUAAAUAUACUUGUAUGAUUUAUACCAAGCCUGACCAACUCAAAUUACAUUGCGGGCCAGUUUAAUCACAGAACGUUUUUUUAGGGUUACUUGUAUACUGACAGAAUUGAAAGCCUUUUGCUUUUUCAUGCUAUUAUUACAAUAAUAAAUAAAUGAUUGUUGAUUCAACAAGCAAUGUUAUCGUUGCAAAAACAGUAGUAUCUUUCUUUUUUACUUUUCAUUACAAUCUUUAAUUUUUGAUAGAAUUUUAAAAAUGUUUGUUUAAAUAAACCCAUUUCAAGAAAGUAUCAAGCAGGCAGCAAGAUAAAAGUCUGUGGGCCCCAGGUUGGCCAGCCCUGAUUUAUACUAAUGUACCAAUACUUGUAUUUAAUUUAUCUAACCUUUUAGCAUUUAAACUGGCCAUGUCUGGCUCAAAUAUUCUCCCCGUUUUAUGUUCUAACUAGUCAGAUCUUUCUUCUCACACCUACCUUACAAUGUCAUUGUAAAAAUAAGCAAUCACAUCAAAAUCUUGAAGCAAUGGAAUAAUGCAUGAUUAAUUCAAACAAUGUGAAUAUAUAAGUAUUACAUUUAACAGAGUAAUCUGAAUGCUAAAAGCUUGAGUAAAUUUGAUAUUUAUUUAAUUUAGAGUGUAUUGACCUAGUAUUCUGGAAAGGUUCCAGAAAGUCAAUGUCGUACCUGUGUAUAUGUGUGUGUGUGUGUAUAUUUCUUCAACCAUUAUAGUUCCAACUUGACAGCUUGUUAGGUUGGGAAGCUAAUUGUUCUUCUAUUGAAGAGAUUGACUAAUUUGUUCUUUGCUACGCCUCAUUGCAGAGGUUCCACCUUGUAAAUAAUGAUGCAGAUGUGAAGAUUAAUAAACAGAAAAGAUAUUUUUUGA